GUUGCCGGCUGCGGCCCGGCUCGGCUCGCUCUGCCGCUGCUCCGCCGCUGCCCCGGGCGGCCUGGACGCCCCUUCCCGGAGCCCAUGGGGCGGCCGUGGGGGUCCGCCAUGCAGGCGGCCGAGCAGGCGGGCUGCGUGGUGAGCGCCUCCCGGGCCGGGCAGCCCGAGGCGGGCUCGUGGAGCUGCAGCGGCGUGGUGCUGAGCCGCAGCCCCGGCCUGGUGCUGUGCCACGGGGGCAUCUUCACCCCCUUCUUGCGGGAGGGCAGCGGGGUGCUGACCGCGGCCGGCAGCGCUUUCCUCCCGGGGGACAGCUGCACCGACGACCUGCGUCUGCACGUGCAGUGGGGCCCAACGGCCGCCGGCCCCGCCGGCCGCGCGGAGCGGGGCGGCCCGGAGCUGUGCACGCCCCAGUGCACCGGCCGCGAGCUGGACCCGCCGCGGCGAGCCCCGCCGCCCGCGCGCGCCGCGCGGCUGCUGCUGCUGCUGAGCUGCCCGGCCUUCCGCGCGCACUUCGCCCGCCUCUUCGGGCGGGACGCGGUCGAGCCGUGGCGCUUCGCCGGCGCGGCGCCCGACGAGGACGUGUCGGAGGACGAGGAGGAGGACCAGCUGCGCGCGCUCGGCUGGUUCGCGCUGCUGCGCGUGCGGCCGGGCGCGCCCGAGGAGCCGGUGGCCGUCGAGCGCGGCCCCGCGCUGGCCGUGGCGCCGCCGGGGACCGUGGCCAAGGGCGCGCCGCUGCUGGCCUGCGGCUCCCCGUUCGGGGCCUUCUGUCCGGACCUCUUCCUCAACACGCUCAGCCGCGGCGUGCUCAGCAACGCGGCCGGCCCGCUGCUGCUCACCGACGCGCGCUGCCUGCCCGGCACCGAGGGCGGCGGCGUGUUCGCCGCGCGGCCACCCGGCGCGCUCGUGGCGCUCGUGGCCGCGCCGCUGUGCUGGAAGGCCCGCGAGUGGGUGGGCCUGACCCUGCUCUGCGCCGCCGCCCCGCUGCUCCGCUCCCUGCGCUCGGCGCUCGGCCGGCUGCCCGCCGACGCCGCCGCCCUCGCCGCGCUGCUGCCGCCGGAGCUGGGCCCCCCGGCCGGCCCGCCCCUCCGAGACCCGGAGCCCCCGUGGGCGGCCGCGGCCGUGCUGGUGGAGUGUGGCACCGUCUGGGGCUCCGGAGUGGCCGUGACGCCCCGCCUCGUGGUGACCUGCCGGCACGUGACCCCGCGGGAGGCGGCCAGGGUCCUGGUGCACGCCGCCUCCCCCAAGGGUGCCCAGAUCUGGGGGCAGGUGGUGUUUGCCACCCAGGAGACUUCCCCCUAUGACAUCGCCGUGGUGAGCCUACAGGAGGACCUGGACGGGGUCCCCAUGCCUGUGCCCACGGAGCAUUUCCAUGCAGGCGAGCCUGUCAGUGUGGUGGGCUAUGGCGUCUUUGGCCAGGCGUGCGGGCCCUCGGUGACCUCGGGCAUCCUGUCGGCUGUGGUCCAGGUGGAUGAGAGGCCAGUGAUGCUGCAGACCACAUGUGCUGUGCACGGAGGCUCCAGCGGGGGACCCCUCUUCUCCACCUCCUCCGGGAACCUUCUGGGUAUCGUCGCCAGCAACACCCGGGAUAACAACACGGGGGCCACGUACCCGCACCUGAACUUCAGCAUCCCCAUCACGGUGCUGCAGCCGGCCCUGAGGCGCUACAGCCAGGAGGGGGACCUGGGCGGCCUGCGGGCACUGGACAAAACCGCAGAGCCCGUGAGGGUGGUGUGGCGGUUGCAGCGCCCCCUGGCGGAGGUUCCUCGGAGCAAGCUCUGAGCAGGCCGCCCCACGGAGGAGAAUGAGCACAGCAGUGGGGAGUCCUGCCCGGUCCUGCCGCCUGCUGCAGUCUGGGUCACACGUCUCUUCUAGCUGCGGACUCAGCCUACGGGGCUGCUGCUGGCGGGAUCAGUCCCAGCCUCGCCCUUGUUCUUGGCCUCUUCGUGGCCAGAAGUAGCUUCCGCUCCGAGACUGCUGGAGGGUACAGGGGAGAGGCCCCACUCUGAAGAUUAGGGGGUGACACAGCCUCCUCUGCCAGAGACCCCCAAAGUCCAGUGUCCCUGGCUUGCAGAGAAACUAGACGUUGUGCCUUAAUUUUCCAGUUCACAGAUGGGUUUCAGGAUCCUCGGGGGGUGGAAUUUUCUACCUGGGGCUUGGGAAUAAACUUGACUCACUGGAGAACAUCUAUAUUAAAGUAUUCAGACUCUUCCA